AUGAGUAAAACUCCAGAGGUCGUCUCUCAAGCGAGCGCUGAAGAUUCUAACACCGCACCCGUAAAAGGAGCCAACGUUAGUGGAAGAGGUUGGAAAGUCGACAAGGGCCAGUUCAGAGUGGGCAGUAGGCAGGUCAAGAACAAAAAACUAACGUCCUGGGAAGCAAAGAAGCAAAAGAUGCUCGAGGAUAAGCAAUUCAAGCUGAAGCUUAAGGAGUUGAAGGACGAGAAGGAACAGGUUCGCAAGGACAGGAUACAGGCCUUGAAGGAACGCAGAGAGAAGAAGGAAGAAAAAGAGCGGUACGAGAGGAUGGCUGCCAAGAUGCAUGCGAAGAAGGUGGACCGUUUGAGACGCAGAGAGAAGCGCAACAAGGCUUUGAAGGAACGUUGA